AGCUCGAGAAGUCCGCCAUCCGCGCGUUCACCGACCGGCUCGUCUCGGCCGGCGGCUUCAAGUUCCGCCGCUCGGCCUUCCGGGACCAGGAGCCCAAGGUCACGCUGCUGGCACCCCCCAGCCUCGGGGGCGCCUCCGGCGAGGCCAUCGCGGUGAGCAUCUUCGUCAACGCGGCGAUCCCGAUGUACAGCGCCGCCCUACUCACGGAGUGCGGCCAGAUGGACGCCCGCGCGCGGGCGCUGGUGCUGCUGGUGAGGCGCUGGGCCAAGGACCGUGGCGUCUGCCACGCCUCGAAGGGGCACCUGUCGCCCUACCAGUGGAGCCUCCUCACGAUCUACUUCUUGCAGGUUGGUGUUGAGGAGGGCCAGAUCUUGCCGCCCCUGGCGGAGUUCCAGGUCUCCUCCGGCCUGGCAGUUCGGGCCGCCCGCCAGGGCCAGGACCCGGAGGAGGGCAGUCCAAGGCGCCCGCGCCCCACCGCACGGGCCCCGCGGCGGAGCCCACGCGCGUCCGCUGGGUGCCUUCUCAAGGACUUCUUCCGUUUCUACAGCACGGCUUUCGGCUGGGGGGGCGAGGUCCGCC